CACGUGUCCGGGCGGGGAGGCUGGCGACUCCGUGAUGUUGCGAAUGGUAGCAAGUCGCGGCCUGCGCUCCGGCUGCUGGUUCCGGAUUCGAGCUUCAGGUCGCUCCUCUCGGCCGCCGCUGCGUCCAGCCUCCGGCUUGCAGAGCAGCCUGGCUCGGCCCGAUGUUCAGUCAAGGAAAGGAAGCCUUGGGUCCCGGAGUGGAACGAGUCUGGCGCUGCUGGCUACCAUCAGCAUCUUCCAGUGGGGUGAGAAACAGCUAGCAUCAGAGGAUGAGAUCAUACUCCUCAUCAAACAUGCAAAGUUGAGUACGGCCAAGGGAGACCUGAAGGAUGCAGAGCGGAUUUUGCACCAAGCCCUUCACCUGGCCCAGCAAGCACAGAACAACCAGGCCAUCAGCUAUAUCUACUGCCAGAUGUCGAACCUGGCCUUCCUUCGUGGAGAUCUCCUUAGUGCUGAACGUCUCUUCAAAGCAACAAUGAGUCAGUUACUUGGAUCGGGAAUGCAGCAGGAUGACAACUCCCUCAUUGAGAUAUCCCUCAAGUUGUGCAACAUCUAUGCCACCACUGACAGGCACCAUUUGGCAGUUGAAGGGUACAAGUGGUGCAUUGAGACACUGGAGGAGAAGGUUCAGCAUGAGGAAGCAGUUCCUGAGGAAGCUUUGUCAGAGGAGCGGGAGAACACACGUCUGCUGCUGGCCAUGGCCCAGGACUCCUGCGCUCGCUACCUGCUAAGCCAGGGACAGUUAGAGCUGGCCAUCACUAUGUACCAGAAGGCGCUGACCAUUGCUCAGGAUGUACAUGGCGAGACACACCCACAGGCAGUGGUACUGCUGAGUGACUUGGCCACCGUGCUGGACAUGAAGGGCUGCUAUGACCAAGCCUAUGAGUACAUCAGCAGGGCAUCCAGCCUGGCGAGGGAGACGGGCCACACCGACGAGCACAGGAUCCUCAGUAACAUGGCCAGGAUCCUUGUCCAUGCAGGGAACUACACUGAAGCUAGGAAGGUCUACGAGGAGGCCCUGAAACAGGCAAAGUUGAAGGGCGAUGAACUGGUAAUUCAGCACAUCCAGGAGGGUAUGGAGGAACUGGAUACCAGCACUCACAGCUCCCAUGGUGAAGGACAGGCAAAGCAUCAGUGACAGAGAUCUACACUGCAUUAUCUACAGCCCCAGAAUGGUCCUCCAGGACACGGCUUAGGUGGUUUGGGAUUUACCAGAAAGGUCAGCACAUUGCAGGCUCUGGUCCAGAUAUUGCAGCUCAAAGUCCGAGCCAGGACUCCAAUAUAUGACUGAAGGGGGCAGUACCGAGGGACCUCAGCACUGGCGGGGGGCAGUACUGCAGGAGCCUUGAAAUGCCAAUCUUUCUAUGAAGUGAGGCUUUGCCUAUAUCUGUGUCUGACACUGCUUUUAAGGAGAACCAGGAAUUUUUAGAUUGUUUAUUAGUUUUUGGGCAUUAAAGGGUAUUCUGGAGUUGAACAAAAUUAAAUUUUUAUCUAUAACUGUGUGUCUUUAUAUUAACUGAUCCAGAAAAAAUCAUGCACCUGAGACAUAGCUAGUUA